AUGGAAAACUUCAUACACUGCUCACAGCAUCCAAUAUCCAAGCCAUCGCGGCUCUGGGCUGCGUCAUCCUUCCAGUACGGAGAUGCCGGUGCUCUCCAAAUUGAUCAUGUCAAUGAUGGUGAUGAGUAUGACCUUCAUCUAGGCCUUGGCACACAACACGCAUCGCACCCGCUGUUGGUGUCCCACUCACAAGGAGACAACUUGGAUCCCAAUAUUUUCUUCAUCCCAGAGCCGCAGGAGAUGCAGAGGGACCCCCUGAUCCGUUACAGUCUCAACCCCGACCUCGUCAACACCUUGCGAGAUGAUUACGGCCGCCCGAAUCAUCGCAAGUUUUCAGCGGCAGAGACGUUGUCUCAAUUCGAUCCUUCCUCGCAGAGCGUGCAUCAAGGGGACGAAUGCGCACCGCCCGGGCUUCUCGAGUCGCCUGAAUUGCCGACAUUUGGAGGUUUGAAGCCACUCGAAGGAUCACCACCGACUACAGAAUUGACGACACGUACGGCGCCGCCUCCAGAGCAGUGGGAGGCGAACAAAGCGAAUAUGUGGACACACUACAUCCUAAAAAACCUGCCUCUUCCCAGAUUGAUCAAGCUGAUGAAGGCCAAAUACCGGUUUACAGCCAGUCCAGCAAUGUACAAGAGACGCUUCGUUGAAUGGGGAUGGUCAAAGUACAAGCCUCGGCAAGCAAAAGACAAACAGGCGCCCACCUUUUCCAUCUCGAGGCCUUCGAAUUCGCUCCGCUACGCGCCAUCCAGACGACUCAGUUUCCAAAACGAUAUGUGGCCGUUACGUCCUGCCUUGAUUCCGCGCGACAGUAUUCCUGUCAAAUUGAUCAUGGACGAUCUCCUCACCAACGUGAGCAAAGUUUAUCAUUCCAGGUGGGACAUUGAACGAAGAUGGAAAGUUGAUAAUCCUUUCCGAGUUCUGGAGGACGAGUACGAUGAUUUGUUCGUGAAGGUGGUCGGCUUUGCCAAGAAUUCUCCUGCAUACCGUUCCGCCACCUGGAGGUCCGGGAUUGGAGACAUCUUCAACGCGCUGGAUCCUGUCAUGGAGGAAUGUGGUCUCUUCGCACUGCCAACUAUCUGGACAUGCGUAUUUCGCCUUCUCAAGGCCAAACAACCACAGGCCGCCAUAGAAAUGCUAUUGCGAACUAUUGGGCUGGCCCGCAUACAUGGCUGGGAUGAACCAUUUCAACAUAUCCUACAGCUCCUACCUUCCUUGGUGGGAACUGCCGGAUCAGACAUUACCCACCUCCAAGAUGGUCUUAGGGAGGCGUAUCGUCGCUGCCUUGACGAAACGGGAUCCUCCUUGAGCCUGAGCAAACUCACACUCCUGUCACUGCGCGGCUACUUCGUCAACUAUGUUGACAAACAGUGCUCAAUACAGCAGAAGAAGACACUGGCCGAAACGAAAGACUUGGUCGAGGAAUCUAUAAGGAGAAACGGUGCGAAUUCUUCCACCACCCUCGACAUAAUGGGACAAUACCUGUUCAUUCUUCAGUCACAUCCUGUUUGGGAGCCCGAGUUGGAGAGAGUUGCAAUGGAAAUUGAUCGACAGAUCAAGCAGCUCCGAUGUCAGAGCAAGGCCCCCCUUGAUGCCGAGCUGUCCAUGACUUGGAAGGAUGCAAGGCAUGUCCUGGCCCAGUAUUACUAUCGGAUGGAUGAUAUGCCCAGAGCUAUAUCCACACUGGAGGAGUAUAUGACUCAAUGUGCUGGUGACGGCGAUGAUGACUUUGAUCACAUUGUCAAGACGAAGCUCGAUCUUUGGAGCAAGAAUGAGAAGACCAAGGUGGCCGAACAGAAUGAACACUCCGCAUCUUGCAACGAAUUUUGUCCCUGUCUCUGGCGAGGAGUAAACUGGGAUUCCCCUAUUUGGGGAAGCCAGUGA